CUGCGCGCCCCCGAUGCCUUUCCUGGCUUCACGCAGACGGGAGCGCGCAGUGGGGUUUGACACUCUCAUGAAAGGGAGAGAAAUCACCGACGGACCGCGAACUGCUCACCGGGACAAACAAACACAAAAAUGUCGCCUUUUAGGAGUUAAAAGUCACGUGAAUUGUAAAACCACCUUUUUUGUGGCACUUUUGAAGCUUUUUGUGGGGAAAGUGGACUGAAUUGAUUGAAGACAGACCACAUUGGAUUGGACAGAAAAUGGCGUCCAAGCUUGUGGGUGUCCUGGCUUUGUGUACAUCGCUGCUGGCGAGCGUUCGAUGCUGUCCGGAGCUUUGCACCUGCCAAGACAAAUUUGCCCAUCAAUUCGCCGACUGCGCCUACAAAGACCUCCUGGCGGUGCCUUCGGGUCUGCCCUCCAACGUAACCACCGUCAGCCUCUCGGCCAACAAGCUCACUUUCCUGCCGAGCAAAGUCUUCGCCAACAUCACCCAGGUCACCUCUCUCUGGUUGGCCCAUAACGAGAUCGUCUCCGUAGAGAUGGACACUUUAGCCCCUCUGGUGCAGCUCCGAAACCUGGAUGUCAGCUAUAAUAAAAUAGUCAAGUUCCCCUGGGAAGACCUUCGCAACCUGACCGCCUUGCAGCUGCUGAAAAUGAACAAUAACGAAAUGGUUGACCUUCCCGGGGACGCCUUCGCCACGCUGAAAGACCUGCGCUCGCUGCGUAUCAACCACAACAAGUUCACCACCAUCGUCCAGGGCACCUUCAGCGCUCUGUCCUCCAUGUCUCACCUGCAGAUCUACAACAACCCCUUCUCGUGCUCCUGCAGCUUGGAAUGGCUGAAGGACUGGAUGGCAACGACCAAGAUCUCCGUCCCCGAGCCGAAUUCUAUUGUGUGCAACUCGCCCGAGCUCCACAGAGGUGUGAUGGUCUCCAAAAUCCCCAAAUUGGACUGUAAGGCGCCUCUUGUCACCAUAACCUACCAACCGGACAUUGAUAAGACGGAGCUCCUUGAGGGCUCCACGGUGGUCUUGAAUUGUGAAACACAAGGAAGCCCCAAACCGCAGGUCAGCUGGGAGGUGAUUGCGGGUAACCAGAAUUUCCUCUUCCCUUUGCCGUUCGGCGGCGAGACCAACAACCUGCCGGUCAAUGACAAAGCCACUAACAGUCGGUUCCUUGUUUUUCAAAAUGGCACCCUAGUGGUCCCCCAUCUGACUAAAAAGGAAGACGGGAAUUACAGCUGCCUUGCAGUGAACGAUCUGGGUAAGUCCCAAAGUUCUGUUAAAUUGACCUCGAGGGUAAGCAAAAAACACGCCGCGUCGUCGGACGACACGGUUGACAGGAUCCGAGCGUCUCCCAACAAGCCUUCUCAACCCAAGACCUCCAAAAACAACAUCAUCAAAAGCGACGACAGGACCAAGAUCAAACCGCAAGGGUGGCCGGGCAAACAAGACGGCGGCCAGGUGGUUCCUAAAGACCCCGUCUUUAGCAGCAAGUGCGGCGUGAGGGACGGCAGCGAGUACGUCUCCAACCAUGCCUUCAACAUGAGCCUGGACGACCUGAAGCAGUACACCUUCGACUUCGGCAUCAUCGCCCUAGAAGUGUCCGAGACGGACGCCAAGGUCAAACUCAACCCUCUGCAGCUUUCUCGCAGCAAAUCCAACCUUCACAUGAGUCAGGGGGAGAAGGAGGACGUGUUGGUGCAGGAGCCCGCCGGUCUGUACCAGGCGUCCUCGGGGAACCACAUCCCGGACAUGCUCUACAUCUGCGUGGACACCGGGUACGGACACUCCCUCAUCAAGUGGUCCAACAUCGAAGACGGGGUCAACUCCUAUUUGUUCACCGGAUUACAGCCUGGCACCAACUACACGCUUUGUCUCACUUACGGAGGACAGGACUGCCAGGUGCAGGUGGUCUUCACCACCAGGAAGAAGAUCCCGUCCCUGCUCAUCAUCGUGGUAGUCAGCAUCUUCCUCCUGGGCCUGGCCACCGUCCCCCUGUUGGGGGCCACCUGCUGCCACCUCCUCUACAAAUACCAAGGGAAGACCUACAAGCUCGUCAUGAAGACGCAGAAUCCAGACCAGCUGGAGAAGCAACCCGACUUCCACCGCCGGGCGUCUUUGGUGGAGUCGGAGAAGACCUUCGACCCCAGCGAGGCGGGCGACGGGGAGGGGGAGAGAGACAGUCCCAUGCAGGGAGACGGCGGGACGGAGGUGACAGAGUCCAUCCCGGGGUCCUCGUCAAAGACCAACCAGGACGACUUCGAGGCGGGGUCCGAGUACAGUGACAGGUUGCCGCUAGGUGCCGAGGCGGUCAACAUCUCGGAGGAGAUCAACGGAAACUACAAGCAGUCGAGCCGCUGACUGCCCGCCAGGUGUACACUUUUUGUAAGAUAUCGCCCUUUUUCUUACCUGGAAAAAAAUCACCGCUGAGAUUGUAUUUGACGUCAUUUUAAACAUUAGAGGCAUGUUGUACCAGCCAAAUUUAAAGCACACAAUAUUGGCCUUUUAAUUAUUAUUAUUAUUAAUUACUGCACAGCACAACAACGAGCAAAAAACAAAAAAAAAACGGCAUGAAUUUAAAUAGGACGUUUUUUUUUGUAACUAAAAUGGUCAAUCUGGUUUACUAAAAGCCUCUCGGGAAUUGUUUUAAGCCAAAUCUGCCGGUGCUUUUUAAAUAUAAAAAUCCAAGUAUGCAUCAGCAUUGAUCGUGUGAUGGGAAUAUGUUUACAUAUAUCGUUAAAUCUCAUCUGCUAUUAAGAAUGAAUUAUGUGCCACGGUGUAUUGACGUUGUCCGUGGCAUGACGUCACUGGUGUUUUAUUACUCUUUGUGUCGUAGAUUACUCUUAUUUUACUAUUUUAUAUAUGCUGUCAAUUUGUGCCGUGAAGUAAGUUAUCAUCUGAGUAUUUUUUAAUUUUUUAAAACAAGUUUCUAUAAGCCGCCAAAAAAAAAAAAAAGACGAGCGAGACGCGUCGUGCAGCUUGUUUUUUCUGUGAAAUUUGAUGUUAAACAAAAAUAAAAAUAAAUACCACAUCUGUGUGCGCUCAAUAUUUUUGCUCUAUCAUUUUUUGUAAAUGGGAUUAAUAAAUAAUUAAAACUUG